CGGACGCAGACGCUCAGCCAUGCAUCGGGGUGAAGCCGCAUAAAAAGCGUUUCCAUAAUGCGGGCGUGAGGUGCGAAGGGGCGAUCCAGGAGGAGGACCGCGCCGCGCUGCCGGCUGUACACCGAGCCUGCCCGCCGGGCACCGGAGAGAAUAAAAUGUCGAACCGAAAGCACCGGGACAACCAGGAGAUCUGCGCCCGCAAGGUCCGGGAGCUGGCCCAGUCCGGAGUAAACAAACACUGCUUCGAGUGCAACCAGCCCGGGGUGACUUACACCGACAUCACGGUGGGCAGCUUCGUCUGCACGUCGUGCUCCGGAAUGCUGAGAGGCCUCAACCCUCCCCACAGAGUCAAGUCUAUCUCCAUGACAACCUUCUCCCAACAGGAAGUGGAAUUCCUCCAGAACCAUGGCAACGAGGUCGGGAGGAGGACUUGGCUGUGUGUGUUUGACCCAAAGACGGAUGGCUGCUCUGACAUGAAGGACUCUCAGAAGUUCAAAGAGUUCCUCCAGGACAAAUAUGAGAAGAAAAAAUGGCAUUUUUCCAAAAGUAAGAACCGGAGGGAUGUGGAGGGUCCUUGGAGCCCGGGGGUCCAGGCCAUGCCCCCUUCCCAUGGUCCUUUAGCGAGCCAGGCCCCCACCCAUAACCUGCCCCCCAAUGCCAGAUCCACAAGGCCACUGUCUCAGUCCCAGCUGCCGUCGUGGGAUCGGGCGCCUGCGGUCUCGCCUGCCGACAUGCGGACGGACGUGUUCACCGCUCGGCCAUCGCGCUCCCAAAGCUUCAGAGACCCCCCUCUGAAAGAUCCCACCCUGUGCGGGAUAGAACGACAGCGGCCAGGCUCCCUCUCGUCAGCGCUGGGAGCUCAGAGCCACGCCCCCUCCUUCCCUGCCCUCCCACGACCAUCAGCCAGUAGCUCUUUCAAAAACCACUUCACUUUAGGUCGUACAGUAUCGGCCUCGGGGGCCACGGGGCCCUUCAGGGCCUUCCCCAAGUCUCUCAGCGUGGACUUUGGAGGUCUGAACCAUCCUCAGCCACAGCCUCUGCCCCAGUCUCUGUCCCAGCAGCAGCAGCAGCCCGCCAGUGCUGGACAGACGACACCACCGGUCGGCAGCUCCAACGCCCAGGACAGGUAUGCUGCCGUAUCACAGCUGGACAGCGUCUUCUCUGAAACAUCAUCGGCCACAGCGCCACCCGUUGGUCCCCCGCAGUACAGCGCCAUCUUUGGCAGCAGGCUUUCAUCCAGCUCCACACCCGCCAGCUCCCCCGGUGUCGAUACGGUCUCCAGCUCCCAAACCUUUGCAAAUUUCCCCAACCCAUUCAGUUCUAGCUCCAGCUCUGCUUCCCAGCAGCCAGUUGCCCUCUCCCCCAGUAACCCCUUCAGCAACGCCUCAGGAGAUGACUCCAGUGCAUUUGUCACCUCGCCCACCUCUGUUUUCCCUCCAUCCGCCUCCUUCCCAGCGCCCACGACCCAGAAUGCAUUUCCACAUGAGUCAGCCAGCAACCGAGAAGCCAAUGGUUUUGCCUCCUUCCCUGCGGCCGACUCUCAGCCCAAAGUCCCUCGGCCGAUGUCGGUGAACCCGUUUACUGUGAGUACGCAUUCGUUUCCUGGCAAACAAGUGACACAGAAGGGGAAUGUUUACCCCAGUCGAGGGACGUCGCGGAAUCCUUUCAUCUGACCCCCCCCCCCUUUUACUUCACCCACCCAUCGUUCUCUGGGAACCGAGGGAGAAGUGAACUUGAGGAGUCGCUGCCAUUUCAAUGCCUCUGAAGUAUUUUCGCCCUCUGAGGGAGGGUUUGCUGUCCAUGCAGAUACACCCCACCCCCCAACUCCCUUUUCUGUCUGUGUUUACGUGUUUGUGGUGGAAAAAAAAAAUGUGUGAAUGUAAUUUUGAAAUUCCUGUAUGUAUGAGAGUGUUGGCUUGCUGUGUUUGUACCAUAAGACAAAUGUCAAAAGGUGUUUGUGUGCCAGUAGACGCCACCUCAGGGCUCUGUGGGAGUCACGAGUAAACGACACCUUUAUGAUUUUUGCAGAAACACACACUUGCACAAACAUAUAUUACACAAACGUCGCUGCUGCUGCUACUUUGCUUUCAUCUCCUCCUGAAAAGUGCAAAAAAAAACAUCCCGCUAGUAAACACGUCAGUGUUGUCUUCUGCUUUAAAAAAUGUUCGAGUCUCUCAUUUGUCCAAAAGAGAAGCCAGCUAAGACCCUGAUCCUGCAUCGUGAGUUCCUACGAAUGGUUAUAACCGCCUUAACAGCCUCCUGAUGCAUGUGAAUUAGCAUCGAAAGAUAAGACGGGCCUUUCUCUGUAAUGGGUGUGUGGAACAUGUCUGCGUUAGUCACUGUUUUUUUUGUCAGGUGUCCCUCGAAGGAUAAUCUACGUUUUCCACUCUCAGGCUGCAUGCGCUUAGAGGGCUAAAAGGAGAUGCUACUGAAUGUAAAAGCAAUUUCAGAAUAACUUACGUAAAUGUGUGUGGUAACUUCAUGGCUUCAUGUACCGGACCAAAAUGUUCUCUCGCUGUUUUUUUUCUGUUGACAUGGAGGUUUAUUUCCCUUAUUUUGUCAAAAAAAAGAAAGGAAAGGAAAAAAAAAGAAAAAGAAAAGAGAUUAAUGUACCAACUUCUUUGUAAUGACAAGUAUUCAUGUUCAUAAA